AUGAUAACAUAUCAUAUCAAGAUCACACUCUUUGUACCAUGCAAUGAAAUCAAAGAUGUUCCAAGCACUAGUGAAGUCUCUUCUAACACUGCAAAUUAUCUUCCAAAAGUAAAAGUUGAAGGUGAUGAAACUAUGGUGAAUGAUGUGGCUGAGAUCAAAUUUGAUGACCAUGAGAAUCAACUUAGUGAUCGAGAUGUAGAAACUUUGAGGAAGAGUAGAAGACUCCCAAAACCCUCAAUGAAAGCAUUAGAAGCUGUUGUUGAUAAGUACGAAGAGGAGACACGUUCCAAGAGCAGGCGAGGUGUAGAAACUCCUAGGAAGAGUAGAAGACCCGCAAAACCAUCAAUGAAAACACUACAGGGUGUUGUUGAUAAGUACGAAAAGGAGACAAGUCGCAAGAGGAGGCAAGAUGUAGAAACUUUGAGGAAGAGCAGAAGACCCCGAAAACCAUCAACAAAAGUAUUAGAAGCUAUUGUUGAUAAGUUCGAGGAGACAAGUUGCAAGAGGAGGCGAGAUGCAGAAACUUUGAGGAAGAGUAGAAGACUCUCAAAACCAUCAAUGAAAGCAUUAGAAGCUGUUGCUGAUAAGUAUGAAAAGGAGACACGUUGCAAGAGGAGGCGAGGUGUAGAAGCUUUGAGGAAGAGCAGAAGACCUGCAAAACCAUCAACGAAAGCACUAGAGGAUGUUGUCGACAAGUACGAAGAGGAUACACGUUCCAAGAGCAGGCGAGGAGUAGAAACUCUGAGGAAGAGUAGAAGACUCCCAAAACCAUCGACGAAAGCACUAGAAGCUGUUGUUGAUAAGUAUGAAGAGGAGACAAGUUGCAAGAGGAGGCGAGUGUAA